CCGGCGCAGUCGCUGCAGCCGCCGCCGGAAGGCAUCUGCGACACGAUGAAGCUCAUCAUCCUGGACAACUAUUCUCAGGCCAGUGAGUGGGCGGCCAAAUACAUCAGGAACCGCAUCAUCCAGUUUAACCCAGGGCCAGACAAGUACUUCACCCUGGGGCUCCCUACUGGGAGCACCCCACUUGGCUGCUACAAGAAACUGAUUGAAUACUAUAAGAAUGGAGACCUGUCCUUCAAAUAUGUGAAGACUUUCAACAUGGAUGAGUAUGUGGGCCUUCCUCGAGACCACCCAGAGAGCUACCACUCCUUCAUGUGGAACAACUUCUUCAAGCACAUUGACAUCCACCCAGAAAACACUCACAUCCUGGAUGGGAAUGCAGCUGACCUGCAGGCUGAAUGUGAUGCCUUUGAAGAGAAGAUCAAGGCUGCGGGCGGGAUUGAGCUGUUUGUUGGAGGCAUCGGCCCUGACGGACACAUUGCCUUCAACGAGCCGGGCUCCAGUCUGGUGUCUAGGACCCGUGUGAAGACGCUGGCCAUGGACACCAUCCUGGCCAAUGCUCGGUUCUUCGAUGGAGAUCUUGCCAAGGUGCCCACUAUGGCCCUGACAGUGGGCGUGGGCACUGUCAUGGAUGCUAGAGAGGUGAUGAUCCUCAUCACAGGUGCUCACAAGGCGUUUGCUCUGUACAAGGCCAUUGAGGAGGGGGUGAACCACAUGUGGACCGUGUCUGCCUUCCAGCAGCAUCCCCGCACAGUGUUUGUGUGCGACGAGGAUGCUACCCUGGAGUUGAAAGUGAAGACUGUCAAGUAUUUCAAAGGUUUAAUGCUUGUUCAUAACAAAUUGGUGGACCCCUUGUACAGUAUCAAAGAGAAAGAAAUAGAGAAAAGCCAGUCUUCUAAGAAACCAUACAGUGAUUAGCCUGUGCUAAUCACUGUGGUAUCAAGUACCUCAUUGGGACAGGCGGAUCUUUCUGGAAAUUGUCUUUAGGAUGACAGAAUUGUAUUUCUUUAAUCUAGUAUGGUUACUCCAGAUAAGUGGGCCAACUUUUUGGCUAUGCAGCAUGGAGUUUGGUCAUAAGAAUUUAGCUACUUGUUUGUAACUUACUCUUAAUCAGAAAAAAAAAAAAAAAGGAAUCACUCCAUAAUUUUGAUGUUUGCCCCACUGACUAGGGGUUUUUAGCUUUUUGUUCUGUCUCUGACACUGUUCGUAUGUAUACUACAUUCCCAUCAGUAAGUUCUAUCAUGUGCACUGAUUCUCAAUUGGGGAGGGAGUUAAGGGCUUAUAUAUAUUGGAUAGAACCUCUCUGGAGAGUCUUGAAAGUCCCUCUUGAACAGACCUGCCCCUUAUUUGAGAAUCACUGUUUUAGAUUAAGGAAUAAAUACUCUGUGUCUAAAAUCAGUAUGAGGAAGCAGUCCCUUUGGUCAAUAACAGAGGCCAUGGGAAGGAAACUAUCCCUUAUUUUCUCCCCCACCCCCCCUUUUUUUUCCCUGCUUUCAGUUGGCCCUUCCUUGAACUCAGAGGACUCUGAGAGAGGAUUUGGGUGGGUAGGGCUAGAGAGAAGGCUUUCUCUGAUAAACUCAGAGCUUCAAGUUUGACCCAGCCACAUCAAACUCCCCUCCCACAGGGACCUUCCAGCACUGGAAGGUGGAAACAUUUUUCCCACGGGAGUCCUGUGUUUUGUUCCAAAGUCUCACUGUGGAACCUCUCAUACUCAUGGAGGAGGUCCACAGGGGCAACAGACACUGUCAAGUUCAAAGCUGUAUUCAGCCAAGGUUAUGGGGCCAGGGCAAGCAGCUCAGUUUAGAAACACACAAGUGACAUGUUCUACACCCCUAAGAGCUGAGCGCCAAAAACAUACCAACUUCUUUAGAAGUUGCCUAAUAUCCUUUCCCCACAUAAAAUACCCUAUCCUUCUAACCCUCGGGGGCUCCUGUGGCAUGGCCUCAUGUUCCCAGAACAGAAAACACAAUGCUUUUGCCCCUUUCUCCUUCGUUCCUUGUUCACAAAAUGAGUCUACUGCUCUGCUUUCCUCUUACUUCUAUGCCUUGACGGUUUGGAUGCUGCCUGCUCCUCCCUGUUUUUGUGCCAGCUGGAAGCUGCUGCCACCUCUUUUCUGGGAAAGAUCUUUCAGAGCCUGGCUCAGGCCUCUCUUUAAGCACUGUGUUUGGUACCAGUGUUUUACCUUUAGCUUUUAUACGUGAUUGUGCUGCCAUUCUGUUUUAAGCUAAUGGAUCAAUGGACUUGUUUACAAUGUGAUGUUUUCUAUUAAAUCCAGUAUUU